AUGGUUGCGCCUCUAACAAGCGACAAACGAGAGGCUAUACUGGGCGUGAAGAGUGUUUCUGUGGCAGAAACACCCGAAGGAACGCUGUCACCGUCACCCUUAUGGUGGAGCAGGAUAAGAGCAGAUUGUCGCCUAGCCUUUUCAGAGUUCUUCGGUACAAUGAUACUGGUUCUCUUUGGCAAUGGAGUAGUUGCCCAGGUCAUCCUUAGCGAGGGCGAGAAGGGGGACUAUCAGUCUAUUUCUUGGGGUUGGGGCCUCGGCGUCAUGCUAGGCGUCUAUGUCAGCGGCAUAUCAGGCUCCCAUUUAAACCCUGCAGUAACAUUCGCGAACUGCGUCCUUCGAAAGUUCCCCUGGCGGAAGUGGCCUCUAUACGCCGUCUCCCAACUGUUGGGAGGCAUGUGCGCCGCAGCCAUCGUAUACGGUAACUACAAAUCGGCCGUUGAUACCUACGAGGGUGGACCGGGAAUCAGAACUGUCCCUGGAUACUCAGACACUGCUUCAGGGGGCAUCUUUUGCACAUACCCUGCUGAAUUCAUGACCCGGACAGGCCAAUUCUUCUCAGAGUUUGUGGCCAGCUCCAUUUUGAUGUUUGUAAUCUUUUCCCUAACCGACAAGGGAAAUAUGGCGGCCGGGCCCUUUAUGCCAAUUGCGAUGUUCUUCACCAUCUUUGGCAUAGGCGCAUGUUUUGGGUGGGAAACAGGAUAUGCCAUCAAUCUUGCUCGAGAUUUUGGACCCCGACUGGUCUCGUACAUGAUUGGGUAUGGACCAGAAGUAUGGAGGGCGGGGAACUAUUACUUUUGGGUACCAGUAGUGGCACCCUUCUUUGGGUGCACGUUCGGCGGCUGGCUAUACGAUAUGUUUCUCUACGUCGGAACAGACAGCGUAAUAAACACACCCUAUAUAGGGCUACACCGAUUUGUGAGGCCAAUGACCAAAAAGCACCAGGACGCUCAAAGCCCC